GCGAAUUCAGUACCGUACAGCUCCCCUUCAGUUAACUUGGGUGUCAGCUUCGGUGCGAGUUUGAGAAGGUGAAGGGUUUACACUGAAAAAACACUUAAUCCAGAAAGAAAAUUUGCUAAAUUGGGAGAAGAUGUUUAGGACUGUGUGUCGGGCGGGAGGUUCCCUGUUAAAGCAGCAGUCCAGGCGACGAGUGCCCACCCAAUGGGUGGUCCCAGCCCAGCAGCGGUGGGCCUCCAACACGCCGAUGAACACCGUCGUCCUGUUUGUGCCCCAGCAGGAGGCCUGGGUGGUGGAGCGGAUGGGCAGGUUCCAUAGGAUACUUGAGCCUGGCUUAAACUUUCUUAUUCCAGUAUUAGAUAGGGUUCGCUAUGUUCAGAGCCUCAAGGAGAUUGUUAUAGAUGUACCAGAGCAGUCUGCUGUUUCUCUAGAUAAUGUGACGCUGCAGAUAGAUGGAGUCUUGUACCUUAGAAUAUUGGACCCUUUUAAGGCUAGCUAUGGUGUAGAGGACCCAGAGUAUGCUGUGACUCAGCUGGCCCAGACCACUAUGCGUUCAGAGUUGGGAAAGUUGACCCUUGAUAAAGUUUUCAGGGAAAGGGAGUCGCUAAACUCCAAUAUAGUGCACUCAAUAAACCAGGCUGCAGAAGAUUGGGGGAUCCGCUGCCUGCGGUACGAGAUCAAGGACAUCCAUGUGCCUCCCCGAGUAAAGGAGUCCAUGCAGAUGCAGGUGGAAGCUGAGAGGCGAAAACGAGCCACAGUGCUGGAAUCCGAGGGCACAAGAGAGGCGGCGAUCAAUGUGGCCGAAGGCAGGAAGCAGGCACAGAUCCUGGCCUCUGAGGGAGAGAAGGCCGAGCAGAUCAAUAAGGCAGCAGGUGAAGCCAACGGACUGUUAGCCAAAGCAGAGGCCAAGGCCAAAGCCAUUCGACUGCUUUCUGAGGCUCUCACACAGCAGAAUGGGAGCGCUGCAGCCUCUCUGAGUGUAGCCGAGCAGUAUGUGUCUGCUUUCUCCAACCUGGCCAAGGAGUCCAACACCAUCCUUCUCCCCUCCAACACGGGUGAUAUCAGCAGCAUGGUCACACAGGCCAUGAGUGUAUAUGGCGCCUUGUCCAAACACCCUUUGGGUUCUACAGAGAGCAAAAACACAGAGCCACAGGAUGCACAGAGACUGGCAUCAGACAAAAGCCAGAGCGAGGCACAUCAGUACCUGUCUUCGUCACAGUAGACCAGCACAUCCUGGAGCACCAACAUCCUACAACCUAAGGAAUGCAUCAUCUCUUGCUUCAUCAACGUCCAUUCUGUAGAAGAGGAACCCGGAGCCUCAGUCCCAUAACUUGUCACUCAGUCCUCUCAUAUUCAUCUUUUGAGUUUAUACCGAGAGAAGAACUUAUUAGCCUUGAGGUAUAGGAGCCCAGUCAUUGCAACACUUUUUUUAUUUUAAAUGAGUUGUUUCAUAUCUCAGUUGUUUGUCAAUGUGUAUUAUCUGACAUGGUGUGUUGUAAAUUCUAGCACUGCUGCUCUGUCAGAGUUCCUGCUUAGAUUGUUAAAUGCCAUGAUCUCAAGAUCAAGAUCUUUUACAGCCUAAGCAAUGCAGUUUACCUGGGGACGAGUUCUAGUGGUGCUCACAUCUUUUUUCCCGUUGCUUCAUCAGAGCUUAAGCAUCACUGCAUUGUUCCCAAUCCAUCAGCAGUCUGUUUCAGGCUCCUGAUUGCAUGGAAUCACUGCAGUGAUGCUUAACUUUCAAGGCUUGAGGGUAUUGUCAAAAACUGUAUUUGUUGAAAUAAUUAUUUUGACAGAAUAGCUGUCUUGGCAUACACAAAAUCUCGGGAUAAUGUAGGGUUGGAUAUACCACCAGUGAGAAAUAAAAGAAAUCUGUUCUUCUUUGCUUUUUGAUUAUUAAUGUACUGAAGUCUGUAUGCAGGAGAAUUUGUAAUUUUACAAUUUUUUGUUGAUUUAGUGUAAAAUUCCUCAUCUGGAACUUUUCACUCCAUGUAACUUUCAUGACUGAGAGCAUAAACCUUGGGAUUAAAGAAGGAACGAUAUCACAGAAGAGGUUUUGUUAUUCUGAUCUAAAGGUGAUUAGACUCCUCUUUAAUAAAGACCUUUAAAAUGAUAUAAGGAGUAAUCACAAUAAGAAGUAAAAAAUAAAUACAUGACCAUUGUGUCCUUUUUGA